AUAAUUCUUUUAGUUAUAUAGUUCCAGCUACUGGGAUUCUAGUAUAUUGCAGAACAAAGACAAAAGUUUAAGCCCGGAUCGAUUCUUGGUCUUCCUGGUUCCAUACAUUUGAAAUAUUGGGUGAAAAAUGGUUAAAUCCUGUUGGAAUCCAUCGGCUGAAGUUGAUUAUUGCAGCCGUGUUAAUGGUUCGUUGUGGUAUAAAGAUUUGGGGCAACAUGCCUAUGGAGAAUUCUCCAUGGCCGUGAUUCAAGCCAAUGGUUUGUUGGAGGAUCAAAGCCAACUCGAAUCAGGGCCGUUGAGUUCGAGUGGUUAUGGACCUUAUGGGACGUUCAUCGGUGUGUAUGAUGGACAUGGUGGAAUUGAGGCUUCGCGCUACAUCAAUGACAACCUUUUCUACAAUCUUAAGUCAAUUGCAACCGAGCAUCAAGAAAUAUCAGUAAAUGUUCUUAGAAAAGCUUUCUCAGCAACAGAAGAGAAUUUUCUUUCCCUUGUGAGGAAACAAUGGCUCGGUAAGCCACAUAUGGCGUCGGUGGGAUCGUGCUGUUUGACCGGAGUGAUCUGCAAUGGACUGCUAUAUAUUGCUAAUGCCGGUGAUUCAAGAGUGGUUUUAGGCAGAUCAGGAAGAGGAACAAAGGGGUUCAAAGCCCUGCGAUUAUCCACUGACCAUAAUGCAAGUAUGAAUGCUGUGAGAGAAGAGCUUCGGUCAUUGCAUCCCAAUGAUCCACACAUUGUUUUGAUGAAACACAGAGUUUGGCGUGUCAAGGGCUUGAUACAGAUCUCAAGAUCCAUUGGUGAUGCAUAUUUAAAGAAGGAAGAGUUCAACAAAGAGCCUCUCUUGCCUAAAUUUAGACUGCCUGAACCUUUGCGAAAGCCAGUCCUUAGUGCCGAGCCAUCGGUGUUGGUACACAAACUUCACCAUGAUGACCAGUUUCUCAUAUUUGCUUUUGAUGGUCUGUGGGAGCAACUUAGCAACCAGGAGGCUGUUAAAAUUGUCCAGACUAGCCCACGCCAUGGAAUUGCUAGGAAACUUGUGAAAGCUGCACUCAAGGAAGCAGCAAAAAAGAGAGAAAUGAGAUACUCAGACCUGAAAAAGAUUGAUAGAGGAGUGAGGAGGCAUUUUCAUGAUGAUAUCACAGUCAUAGUUGUGUUUAUAGACCCCCAUUUGAUCAAUAGGAGCUCCUCCUCUUCCUCCUACCCGUUAUAGAUAAAAGCAGGACUGGCCGUUGAUAGUGGUGGUACUUCGUAGCCAGCUAAGAUUGGAGUUAAAUUUCUCAAAAUUUAUCCACCAUAGCAAUGAGAAACAAGGGGCUUCUUUGUUUGUUUGUUU